CAAUCAGGGUUGCUGCGCGCGAGUUGAUCGCGACCAUGCAGAAAGACAGAUGCAAUGGGCGUUGUUGCGAGCCACAGCGGUCGGUCGCUCCGGCCAUAUAUUAGUGGCGUUGGCUGAUGGUGACACCGAGAUGCAACGUUGAAUUACUGCCGGCCAUUGAACUCUGAGCGGGGAAGUGGCCCCGGCCGGUCCGGGCUGGCCUGGAGAUGGGAAGACGACAAUGAUGAAUUGCUUCAGGAAUUUCAGCAAAAUUUGGGUAUCACAACCGCAGCCUAAAUUCAUGACCUUCAGAAAACGAUCAAGAAGGAAUGGAUGGAGUUGGCCGCUGCAUCCAUAUCAACUACUUUGUUGGUUGCUCUACCUAUUUGAUUUUAUUGCCAUAUUUGGCUUUCUUAUCCCAGUUAUUCCAGUUUGCUGGGUGUAUGCUAUGUACAUUUGGUUUGGUGUUGUGUUUUCAAUCCACAUCAUACUUUACACAUUUGCAACAACAAUUGACCCAGCCGAUGUCAAAGUUCGAGCCAAACGCUAUAAUAGAAUACUGCCUUUGUUUGACCGCAACCUUCAUCAACAUGUCAUUGAAAAUGAGUACUGCUUUCUCUGUGAAGUUGAAGUAGGUUUGAAGACCAAGCAUUGCAGUAUGUGUAACAAAUGCAUAGCUGACUUUGAUCAUCAUUGUAAAUGGCUCAAUAAUUGCGUAGGAGUCAGGAAUUACUGGUUUUUCCUGGGCUGUGUUAUCUCAGGUAUAAUUGGUGCUCUACUAAUUGUAUGCCUUUCGUCCUUUGUGCUCAUUGGCUACUUUCUGAAUCGAGAUAUUCUUCGGACCAACCCACUAUAUGAGUCAACCGUAGGUGGUCCUGAGGUCUGGAUUCUAUUUCUCCCACUAGCUCAUGUUUAUGUGAACACUGCUACUUUUCUUACUAUCACUGUGAUCACCAUUGGACUAGGUCUGGGUUCACUAAUAACUGAAAUUCAGCUUCUGUACUUCCACAUCUACCUGUUAUGGUACCGGAUAAGCACUUUUGAUUAUGUGAUGCGCCAGCGUCGACUGCGUGCAACAGAAGUUCCCCCCGUGCUUCCAAAUGUAAAUGCAAGGCCAAAGUCAAGUCCCAAUACAAUGCCAACUACAAGUUCAAAUCCAAAAGCUUCACCCACAACAUCUCUUCAGACUAGUGAAAAUAUGAGUGUUCAGCCAGUUGUCAUUAGUGGACUUGUCAUUGAAAGCACCUCGUUGACUGACCCAAAGACAAUGAAGGCAUUAGGGAAGAAUCAGAUUGCUGGCACAAACUCAACCAUUAUCCAGAUGGAGAAUAAAACGUUGCCGAUCAGAGGACAUAAAGUUAAGAGGAAGGCCAAAUCGAACAGAGACGUAGUUGACGAUAUGCCUUCAACCAGAGCUUAUAUUCCACCAAUUUCUUUCAUCAAUACGGAAAAGGUUUCUUCGUUGCAGGCUAGAGCACUGCCUGUCCCAGGCCACCCGUCAAGGUCUUCUCUUCCACUCGCACGGAAAGGGAUCAUUGUAAGCAAGCAGAAAAUCUAUGUGCGGGCUGCAGGCCCUCCGCCUGAGUACCAUUCCGAUUCUGUGGAGUCCAUGAUUGAAAUUCCAGUGGCCCAGACAAGCAUCGCGGGCAGUGAAGCAACUGCCAACCAAACCAACACAAACGCAAAUGACUACUUCAGGAAGGUUUCUCUGAGUCAGAUUCCCAAACACCAGUCUUUAGCUGGAGAAAUAAUGGUGCCCCUAUUGCAUCCAAGCAAAAGGAAGAGUGUUAGUAGAUACCCAGGCUUAGAUCCCAAGAGUAAGAAACCUCAAAGUGCUCCUUCUGUGGUUAUCCUUCAAAAGAGUGAUGACAUGCCCCUCCCUGUACCGUUGCAUAAAUCUAAAUCUGGAUCUGGUAACAGGAGAUUCGUCAAUAAGGUCUAUCCAGACCUACCGGCGUCUCGUGCUCCAGACAACAAAUAACUUAGACACAAAAGAAGACAACAUUUGGAUGAUUUUAAAUUCACAUGUUAAAACUAGAUCCCUAACAAUCAUCCAGGUUUGAUAUGUGAGAAUGACAAAGGCAUGACACAUGAUUUUACUUGAACAUAGCAGUCUAAACUGUAAAUGCUCAAUAUAUUUCCCCUUUUUCUAUUCAUACAUCAACAGGGGGCGAGAUAUUUCCUCUUUAAUAUGCAUAUAUCAAAAAGGAUUGGCAUAAUUUCCUCUAAUCUCUGUACAUCAAUUAGAGUUGAAAUAAUUUGCUCUUUAAUAUCCAUUCAUUAAUGAGGGUUGAUAUUUCCUCUAAUGUCCAUACAUCAAUGAGGAUUGAUAUAAUGUCCCCCUUUUAAAUCCAUACAUCAAUAGGGGUUGUAAAUAAGUGGAUAUAGUUUAUUUUUAAUAUUAAUGUUAUUUAUUAAUAUACAUCUAUAUAUCAUCAGGCCAAUUAUGAAAUGAAACUGUUUCUCAGGGCACAGAUUCACCGCUAAGUUUUGUAAGUACAGUAUAUAUUUUUAAACAUUCUGCUUGCCCUCCAAUUUAUAAAUUGUGUACAUUGGAAUUCGAAAUUGUGACAAUCUGAGGCAAACAAAUGUAACAGAUUCUAUCCAUCCAUUUCCUGGAAGCGUCGUAUUUAUUUUGUGUGGCCUUAGCAAUGAUGUCCAUUUCAUUCGAAUCUUCCUCAAUAGAUAAUCACGUGCCAAUCGCUUUAUGUGGUACAUCCGUACAUCAAUAAGGGUUGAUAUAAUUUCCCCUUUUUAUAUCCAUCCAUCACCAGAGUUUUAAAAUAAAUGUAAAUAGUUUUUAUUUUUAUAAGAAUAUUAUUUAUUAUUAAAUAUACAUCUAUAUCCUCAGGCCAAUUUUGAAAUGGAACUGUUUCUAAGGCGCUAUGUUUUGGAAGUAUUUUUUUAAGCAUUAAGAUAUCCAAUUUACAAAUUAGAUAUCAGUGACAAUCUGAAUAGAAAUUUAAGAGGUUCUUUUAAUAUAGUUCCUGGAAACAUAGUAUUUUUUUGUGGCCUUAGCAAUCUUUUAGUGGUAGUAUGACGGAUCUUUUUAAUGUUUAUUUUAUUCUAUAGAUAAGUUUAAGAGCCAAUCUCUUUUUUGGAUGUAAUUUUCAUGUUAAGACUGUAAUACUGUUUCGUUAUUUAAAUAAACAUUCAAAAUUACAGCUUUUUUAAAGUAGUAUCAUUGCUUCACUAUAAUGUCGCAUACAAUUAAGGGUUGGUUCCUCCUGUUUUCUAUAACAUUUCUGCAAUGUAAAAUUAAAUAUUGGGAAGACCAAACCGAUUGUCUUCAGUUCCUUGCCACAAACUGCAACAAUUUUUGCUCGCCUGUUUGUGAUGGCACUGGAAU